GUCAAACGUUUGCAUGGAGCACGGGUGGGGCUUUUCCACGAAACUGCAAGUUAUUUCCUGAAAGCACAGAAAUACAGCAGAGCAGAGAGAACCAUGGCGUCUUCUUCCUCAUUGUCUGACGAUCUGACUUGUUCAGUAUGUCUAAUUAUUUUCACUGAUCCAGUAAUCCUCUUCUGUGGACACUCUUUCUGCAGGGAAUGCAUCACACUUUCUCUGAAAUCAUCAAAUCAGUGUCCACAGUGUCGGGCGACUGUUCCUACAGACAGGAUGGAUUUCACAACUAAUCACAUUCUGAAAAGUCUUGCUGAAAAGGCAAAAGAAACUCAAAAAAUGAAGUAUUCUGAGGCUGCUGUGGGGUUUUGCCCUGAACACGACGAAAAGCUGAAGUUGUUCUGUGUCACCGAUCAGCAGUUAACUUGCAUUAUAUGCAGGGAUUGUGAAAGACAUGAAGGACACAGGUUUAAACCAGUUAAAGAAGCUGCUGCAUCACUCAGAAAAGAGCUAGAGGCUCUUUUGGAAAAGGAUUCCUGUGAUAUUAGUGCAGUAGAACAUCUUGCCAAGUCACAAAAUGACGAAAUAAGAAAAUCCAAAGAGAAGGCUGAGCAGCUGAGGAUCCAGAUUGGCAGCCAGUUUCAGGAGAUGCACCAGUUCCUGAAAAAGAGAGAAGAUGAAAUAAUGAACGAGGUGAAAGAGAAGGAGAAUGAUGAGCUUGAAAAGAUGAGAGAAUGUUUAAAUGUUAUUGAAAAAGCUUUAUCUGAAGGUAGAGAAUUUGAGGAUAAAAUUAAAUCUGCUCUAGACAUUACAGAUCCUGAGAGUUUCUUAAAGAGCUGGUCAGAGAACAAGAGCACGUUGACACCAGAACCCCCAUCUAACACCAAAGGAUCAAAUCUCCAAGUGGUGGAUUCAUCUCUCUCACUGGGACCUUAUGAAAGCCACCUGCAGUUCUUUGUGUGGAAAGAGAUGCUUCAGGAGAUCCAGCCUCAGGCAGAAAAGCUUUCAUUUAAGAGCCAAGAUCCACCUGUCUGGUCAAAGUGGUCAGGUGUCACAUGUGCUCGCAGUGUAGCAUACUCGGAUGAUCUUGGUUUCCCUCGUCCUUUGUAUAGACCUGUUUCAUGUAAUUGUAGUAAUCAAUAUAGUACAUUAUUGUCCCAAUGGCAGAAAUACUACAGACUUCAAAAUACGUAUGCACUUAGUUUAAAUCAGAUCAUUCCAGGGUCACAUUAUUGGGAGAUAGAUGUUGAAGGGAAGAACUGUUGGACAGUAGAGAUACAAAAUCAUUCCCUGGCAUAUAAAGAUAACACAUACACUACAUCUAAUGGAAAGAGAUCUGAAAAUUUAAAGUUUGCAAGCAAACCUAAAACGAUUGGCCUUUAUUUAAACAGCAACUUUAAGGAGCUCUGCUUCUUUGAUGCAGACAACAUGAAACAGUUUUACACAAUGGCCUCCACUAUUAUGUAUGCACCACAGGUUAAUCCAGCUAAACAAACUUGAAAGGGGCUAAAAUAGAAGACAUACAGAAGAGUGGGCCAAACUGAUGUAAACUUUUUUCUGACAAAGAAAUGUGAUUUAUUUACAUAGAUAGUUUUCCUUGUAAUGAAAUCAUAAUUGCAAUACAUUUGGUUUUUACUAAGGUUAUCUCUGUCUAUUAACGUUUGUUUGAUGUUCUGAAACACUUCAGUGUGACAAAAAGGAAAACCUAAGGAAUUAUUAAGGUAGAAAUACUUUUUCACAGCACCAUAGGUUGAAAACUGUGCAAGCAGAAACAUAAUUUGCUUUUAUUGUAAUUUACUUGUUUUUAUCUCUUUCAUUUUCUAUUCAUCUUUGUUAUUUUAUGAGCUGCUGUUAAAAAAAGUACUAGCCCUUUAAUAUUUGUUAAAAACUGAAGCAAAGCUUUACAUUCCUAGUCAAAUUAAAAUGCUUAUGUAAUAUUAGGACUUAAAAUUAUUUCACUGUAACUCUGUAAACAAUGAGUGAAAUGAAUAAAUAAAAUAAAAAUCA